AUGGCAUGGGGCGCUCUAGGGCAUUACGCCGUUGCCUACGUUGCCACGAACUUUGUGACUUCCAGCACCAAGUCGUACAUGCAGGACCUCCUCGGCGACACCACAACGGACUACCUCGCUAGUGUCGCGGCAUGGGCGGACUCCUACAGAUACACCAGCGCCGGCAAGUUCAGCGAGCCGUUUCACUUCAUCGAUGCCCAUGAUAGCCCGCCUUCGAGCUGUGGUGUCAGCUACUCCAGGGACUGCGGGAGCAGCGGCUGCAUCGUCAGCGCCAUUUCCAACUACACCAGCCGACUUCUAACAACGUCAUUGAGCAAGUCGGAACGACAGAUUGCGGCCAAGAUGCUGAUUCACUUCCUCGGUGACAUCGGGCAGCCGCUGCACUGCGAGAACCUGGACGUGGGCGGCAACGACAUUUCCGUGACAUACAGCGGCUCGUCCACCAACCUCCACAGCGUCUGGGACACCGCAAUUCCCGAGGAGAUCGCCGGCGGCUCAACCAUGUCGGUUGCCAAGACGUGGGCGGCAGACCUUACUGAAGAGAUCAAGUCGGGGAGCUACAAGUCGUCCGCCGCCCAGUGGAUCAGCGGCUUAAGCAUUACCAACGGUCAAAGCUCCGCUCUGACCUGGGCUUCUGAGAGCAACGCCCAGGUUUGCACCGUUGUGAUGCCGGAUGGAGUCGACGCUCUUCAAAGCGAGGAUCUUUCUGGCAGUUACACCACCGCUGCCACGCCUACGGUGAACCUACAGAUUGCUAAGCAGGGAUACCGUCUUGCUAAGUGGCUGGAUGCGAUUGUGGCUGCUCUUUAG